GCUAGCAACGCUCAGAUGGCCGCAGAAAGCACGACAAGCGCCAAUAUUUUCAAAAACAAGCCGUCGUCCUCUGUCGCAGCAGAUUGGAUGCGAGUCUCCGGUCACUGGGCGGUCCGGAGUGACGCGGCGGGCAUGCUGCUGCUGCCGCUGCCGAAGGCGGAGCUACUCUCUGGGUCUACGACGAUCAUUACAAGGAUCAUGGUUUUCCACAUGUGUUUGCGCUCCAACCCACUGUUACGGAAAGCAAAUCUGGCUGUCAGGAGAGUAUGGAGGUCUUGGAAGAUAAGCCUGCACUCUUCUACAGUUUGUGCAUCUUCUGGUCAAGGCCCCCCGGACAGUUCGGUAGAACUGUCGUCUGUGUCAACCGAAAAGCUUCUUCAUACGCCUGUCAUGCUUAAAGAGGUGCUUCAUUACUUAGACAUCCAACAAGGUCAGGUGGUCCUGGACAUGACAUUUGGAGGUGGUGGUCAUACCAAAGCAAUACUGAAUCUGGUUCCUGAAGUCACAGUCCUGGCCUUAGACCGAGAUCCUACAGCAGUUACUCUGGCCGAGCAGUUAGCCAAGGAACACUCUGGUCGUGUGAAACCAUUGCUUGGCCGAUUCAGUGAGCUUGAAGCCCUGCUGUCUAACAUAAACAUUAAGCCAGGCAGCAUUGAUGCUGUCCUGUUGGAUGCUGGCUGCUCCUCCAUGCAGAUGGAUCAGGCAGAGAGAGGCUUCUCCCUCAGCAAGGAUGGGCCUUUGGAUAUGAGAAUGGAUGGAGAGAGGUACCCCGACAUGCCCUGCGCUGCUGACGUUGUGAAUACCCUAGAUCAACAGGCUCUUGCAUCCAUCCUCACUGCAUAUGGGGAAGAAAGACACGCCAGGAAAAUAGCUUCAGCCAUUGUGGAGGCACGCCGUGUCAACCCCAUCACUCGGACGCAGCAGCUGGCCAGCGUGGUGGCAGGAUCAUUUCCUGCAGCUGUCCUCUACGCACGUAAAGACCGCCUCCAGCGACCUGCACACGUGGCCACUAAGACUUUCCAAGCUCUGCGUGUUUUUGUGAAUGACGAGCUGAACGAACUACAUGCAGGCCUGCGCGCUGCCCAGGCAGCACUGAGACCUGGAGGACGUCUCUGCGUAAUCACCUUUCAUUCGUUGGAAGACAGACUGGUCAAACGUUUCCUCCAGGGAGAUGACUUGUCUAAUCUAGAUCAGUAUCACUUCAGCCCAAGGAAACAAAGCACCAGGAGGGAUGGAAAAAGAAAGGGUGGAAGUGUUCAUUGGCUUCCUCUGAAGAGAAAAGUGAUCGUCCCAGAAAAGGACGAAGUAAAAGAGAAUCCUCGUGGACGCUCCGCUAAACUUAGGGCAGUGCUCAGACUGACAGAAUAAUUAUGAGAUGAGAAAUGUUUGAGCUUUUUUACAACCAAAGUAACUUUUUACAAUUGAUACUUAAAGCAAGUUAACCAAAGGAGGUAGAUACAAGUAAAUAAUAAGACUCUCCUGUGUUCUACCUGCUCUUUUUUAUCUUGACUGUUUGUACGUCGAUACAGAGAAAAACAUUUUUUUUAACCUUCUCUAGCUUAAGCCCACCUCAGCAGAGAGCUGGAGUUUAAUCCUGGUACCUCUGGCUCUGUGUUCCAAAGAACAUAAUUGGCCAUGUUUCCUGGUGGGAAGCCAGUGAGGGUUGUCAUUAUUAAUGCCGCAUUAGUGACUCCUACUGGUUGGUUAGGGCACUGCACAGUGAUGUGUGAACUAUGGGUAAGGGACAGAAUGAAUCUCACAAUAUGGCCACUAGUAAGAACUCAGAUUUAUAUAUUUAUUUUUCCUUGGCAGUUGAUAAAAAAUAACUGGUGAAUAUCACUCAUGCAGUAUAUAAUAUGCAGGCUGUAAGAUGUGGUUGACAGCUCCGAAAGCUAGAAAGUAGACCUUUGCUCCUAGAUUACUCUCCUAUAGACACUGUUUCUAAAUGUCAAUAAUGAGGGUUUUUUUAAGCACAGAAAGUUUUAAAAACUGCAGUCCAGAGAAAAGUGUCCAAAGUUUGAUAUAAUUUCAAGCUGAAACAACAAACAAACAAAAAAACUAUCCUAGCACAGUAUGUGGACUUUAGUGCUUUACUGUGAAAAGCCAAUUUAGACUAUUUUAAUUGUCUUUAACCUGAUUCGUAGCAGCUAGAUAGCUAACUAGCUCGUAACACUCCACCUUAAAGGAGAAGGCUCGGUCGGUAACACACAGGUACAAUACUCAUUUACUUAAUGACUGCAACCCUAGUUAAAUAUAAUUAAUUAAUAUAAUUACAUUUAAGUUGGGCUUCCAGAAGAUAACAUCUUAUUGAAUUGAGCAGUCUGUCUUUCUCUCACCUUGUCUUAGCGCUAUAAAACCUGUCCAAACUCAAGUGAGAGCCACAACUAUGAAAGCUGGUUAAUGUUUGAGGUGUUACGUAAAACAAAAUAAUUGUGGAGGAAACUUUUUAUACCCAAAUAAAAGUAUGUGACCUCUG